AGAGCGUUGAGGUCCGUGCUCUCUCUAAGUCCCUGGUCCAAGUUCCAACAAGCAGCAUAUAGGGUAAGCAGAGUCACUUCAGAGGCCAGUCUGAGAGAGAGGAAGCAAAAUGGGAAGAUCAGCUUCUUGCUUCAAAAUCAUUUCUUGCGGUGGCGAUUCCGUCGGCCAAGAUGAGCUCGACCUCGCUGAGUUGCAUUUGUGGCGUUGGUCGGGAAUCGCGCAAGGGUUAUAGUGAUAAACGUGGGUGGAGUUUCCGGAAGAGAUCUGCUAGGCAUCGAGUUCUAAGCAACACUGUGGUUUCAGAAAUUCCUUCUUCUGGGAAUAAGGAGAGCCCAGAAUCUGCGGCUAUUAACUUUCAAACACCAGUUGACUCUACCAUACCCGAGAAAACUUCUGUUCCGCAAUGGGCAGAUGAGAAACCCCAGUUAUCGACUUCAUUUAACUCAAAAGCAUCCGAGACUGUUGUUGCUUCAGAGAAUGAAAGUAAGGUUGAUGUCAAUGUGGAUGAGUCUGCUGCUAUUGCAAUUCAGGCUGCUGUCAGAGGAUUCUUGGCUCAAAGAGCACUCCUAAAGCUUAAGAAUGUAAUCAAGUUGCAAGCUGCUGUCCGGGGGCAUUUGGUUCGGAGGCAUGCUGUGGGAACCCUACGUGUAGUUCAGGCCAUUGUUAAAAUCCAAGCUCUUGUUCGUGCUCGCCGAGUUCAAGCAGGGAAGUUAGAUGAUGGGAAAGAUAAACCUAGUUCCAAGCCCAUGGAAAAGGAAAAUUCAUCAGCUGACCCAUCUGCAACAUACACUUCUAUUGACAAGCUUCUUAGCAAUGGCUUUGCCCGUCAGCUACUGGAAUCAAAUCCAAGAACCAAGUCUAUCCACAUUAAAUGUGAUCCUUCAAGACCUAAUUCUGGAUGGCAAUGGUUGGAGAGGUGGAUGUCUGUCUCAUCAUCAAAUCUUGGACAACCACAGAUACCAGUGUUGGAGAAAGAGGAACUGGAACAUGAGAGAGUUGAGAAUUCUGCUGUCCAAGUAGAAACUGGAAUUACAUCUGAAACAACCAGUGAGUCUGAAGAUUUGAAGUCUAAUGUUAGGGAAACAGCAGUGCCAUCUGAAAGUGAAGAGAAUUUAAUCACUUAUGAUGCAGAGAGCUUUGACUUUCAGACAUGCUGCCCUACCUCUUCUUCGGUAAAGGACAAUCUUGAGCUACCUCCAUCAGAGAAUACAGGUGGUACAUCACAUGCAAAAGACUCCCCAUCAGAGAUAGAUUCGCUCCCAAAUCACACGAUGCAACCAGAAGAAAAAUCUCUAACAGAGUUCAAUUCUGUUUCUGGUAAGUCUGAAAUGGAAAGUGAACAACCCAAACGUUCUGUUAAAAGGUUUGCCUCUGAACAACUGGAGACUGAAGGGAAGAAGUUUGUAUUUGGAUCGAGGAAGGUGAGUAAUCCUGCAUUUGUUGCUGCCCAGUCAAAAUUUGAAGAGCUGAGUUCUACAGCCAAUUCAGGUAGAUUAAUCAGUCCUUCCCAUCAAGAUGUUGGAGUUGAAUCAAACAUCGAGACAGUUUCAUCUGCAGCUGAUACCUCAAUCACGACAAAGGAUCUUAACACCGAAGAUAAUUCAAUUCCACCUAAUUCAAGGCUUCAAGUUGGUGGCUCUGAAUGUGGCACUGAACUUUCUAUUACUUCUACUCUUGAUUCACCUGAUAUUUUCGAAGUUGGAGCCAUGGAAUUUGACAAUGAAGCCAAAGUCUCAGAAGAAGUGAUUUGCAAUCUCAACAGCACUGGAGGCCUUGAUGUUGAAUCCAAGGAUGUGUCCACCAUCGCAGUGUCUAAUUUAUCUGACACUAUGUUGGCUCUACCAGAGAAACGUGAUGCUGUUAAUGGUGAACCUGUUAAUUCAGUUGUGGAUGUGGACUCCUCACAGGUAAAGCAGAAGCCAGAGAGAACUGCAUCUGAUCUGCAGAUAGAACUGGACCCUCAGACAGGCCGUCAAGCAUACAGGUCAUCACCAGAAGCUUCUCCAAGGAGCCACAUCACUGUUCCCGAGUCCCAAGGAACACCUUCCAGCCAGGUAUCAGUGAAAGCUAAAAGGAGCAAAACUGAUAAAAGUGGGUCCAACCAAAAGCGUCCAUCUCUGUCAGCAGGUAAGAGAUCCCCUUCAAAUCCAAACCAUGAUUCUGGUGCAAGGAGUAGCAUGGAACAAUUGCCUAAAGAUCAGAAAACUGGGAAGAGACGCAAUUCUUUUGGUUCAACAAGACCUGAUAAUGUUGAUCAGGAACCGAGAGAUAGUAGUAGCAGUAAUUCUCUUCCCAGUUACAUGCAAGCCACAGAGUCUGCAAGAGCCAAGCUCCAUGCAAAUAACUCUCCCAGAUCAAGUCCAGAUGUGCAAGACAAGGACAUUUACAUCAAGAAGAGGCACUCCCUGCCUGGUGCAAAUGGAAGGCAGGGAUCUCCUCGCAUCCAGAGAUCUAUGUCUCAAGCUCAGCAGGGUGCAAAGGGAAAUGGUGCUAAUCCUCCCCAUGAGAGAAAGUGGCAGAGGUGAAGAGAUAUCUGGAGCGAUGUAACCAACAAAGGCAGUGGUGGUAUUUAGUCUGUCCUAAACAGGCAUUUGGAGUUAAAGAUAUCUUCUUGGCGGUUAGCUAUCUAGUUCUGAAUUUUGUCUCUUUUCUUGUGGAUAAUGUGGUAGAUAAUCCAUGCAUGACAUUCGGGGAUUGGGAGGGAUGAGAUACAUAAAAACUGUGGGAGCAUUUCAUGUACAUUAUUAGUACUAUUACUGCUAUUGUUAUUUCUGAAAGUGUUCCGGUGGAAUGCUUGUAUGUUUGUUUAACAGUAUUUGUGUGGUGUUACCCAGAUUUAUUACAAGAUGUUUCUGGUUGUUUCUCCAAAGUUUGGGACAUCAAGGACAGCUCCUUAAGGUUUUCACCAGUUAUUGUAAUAAAAUGGAUUUUUUCUAUCUGCUGGCAUCAGCCCCCAUUUCUUUUUAACAGACUCUUGUUUUUCUUUUUUCUUUUUUCCAUGUUUUUUUAUUUUUAUU